AUGGCCGACGCACUUGCUACACAGCUCGGUAAUACUAAGCUGGAAGCAAAUCCAGAACAAAGACUGCAAGACACAUUGAAUCUUCCCCCUAAAGAUUCCCGCCCACAAACCGAGGAUGUCACUGCUACAAAAGGCCUUGAAUUUGAGGACUUCUACAUUAAACGUGAACUCAUGAUGGGCAUCUUUGAGGCUGGAUUUGAAAAGCCCUCCCCUAUCCAAGAAGAAACGAUACCUGUUGCUCUGACAGGCAGAGACAUUCUGGCCCGAGCUAAGAAUGGUACUGGAAAGACCGCUGCCUUUGUAAUUCCCACCCUUGAGCGCAUUAACCCCAAAAGCACAAAGACCCAGGCCCUGAUCCUGGUCCCCACACGAGAGCUCGCUCUCCAGACAUCACAGGUCUGCAAAACCCUUGGUAAACACCUAGGAAUCAAUGUUAUGGUCACUACUGGUGGAACUGGCUUGAUGGAUGACAUUAUUCGGCUGAACGACCCUGUCCACAUUUUGGUGGGAACCCCUGGACGAGUGUUGGAUUUGGCCAGCAAAGGUGUCGCCGACUUGGCCGAAUGCCCAACCUUUGUGAUGGAUGAGGCCGACAAAUUGUUAUCUCCCGAAUUUACCCCGGUCAUUGAGCAACUUCUGUCCUUCCACCCCAAGGACCGCCAGGUCAUGCUCUUCAGUGCCACUUUCCCUCUGAUUGUGAAGUCGUUCAAGGACAAGCACAUGCGCAAUCCUUACGAGAUCAAUCUCAUGGAUGAACUCACCUUGAGGGGUAUCACCCAAUAUUACGCUUUUGUCGAGGAAAAACAAAAGGUUCACUGCUUGAAUACUCUUUUCUCCAAGCUCCAGAUCAACCAGUCGAUCAUUUUCUGCAACUCAACCAACCGUGUUGAACUGCUGGCCAAAAAAAUCACCGAACUCGGCUACUCGUGCUUUUACUCCCAUGCUCGGAUGCUUCAGCAGCACCGCAACCGGGUCUUCCAUGACUUCCGCAACGGCGUAUGCCGCAACCUGGUUUGCUCCGACCUGUUGACUCGUGGUAUUGACAUUCAAGCGGUCAACGUCGUGAUCAACUUCGAUUUCCCGAAGAACGCAGAAACUUACCUUCACCGUAUCGGUCGUUCGGGCCGUUUCGGACACUUGGGUCUUGCGAUCAACCUCAUCAACUGGGAAGAUCGGUUCAAUCUGUAUAAGAUUGAACAGGAAUUGGGUACUGAAAUUCAACCCAUUCCUCAGAACAUUGACAAGAAGCUUUAUGUCUACGAUUCACCAGAGAACAUCCCUCGACCCAUCUCCAACCCUCCACCUCAAAGUGGUGCUGGGUCCGUGAAUAUGAACGGAGAACGUCAGCCUCGUCGAAACAACCACACGCAGCAUAGUGGUCAACCCGGUCAACAACACGGUCAAUACUACAACAAUCGGGGGCGUGGAUCUUAUCGUGGUCGUGGACAGGGCCAACGCCGCGGGGCACACAACGACGCCAACCGGAUCACCUUUGGUCAACCAAAUCCGAGUCAAUCCCAAGCGCCGAUCUCUUAA